AUGUGCUGUGUAAUCGAAUUUUCAAAAUUUAGAUACCAGCCUGGCAAUAAACUCUACGCUGGGAUCGGUGGAGUCGGUGGACCUGCAAGCUUUGGCGGAGUGAAUGGUUUUGGUGGAGUAGUGGGGCGAGGUCCAGCCGAUUUUAAUACAGCGCUUCUUGGUGGCUAUCGCGGUAAUCCUGGUAUCAAACUCCGAGUCAACCAACGCGGAUUCCAAUAUGCUAGCGCUCUGGCAGCGCAAGUUCUUGAUCGUGAAAUUGUGCGUGCCCGAAUACCGGAUAUACAUCAGGAAAUCAAGGAGGUAUGUGGUCAAGUAACAAUCUGCAACAUUCAUGUCUCGAAUUAUCGUCCGCCGUGCCGUCUGCAAAUAUAUCCUUCACCACCGAACCUUAUUGUUCUCCGUGUGGAAGAUUUCGAUGUCGGGGUGACAGGCAAUCUAGACGGCAUUGCGAAUAUCAUUCUCCCGAUCAAGCUAUUCGGCAUCGUGCACGCCAACUUCUAUCACGUGUCAGCGACGAUAACGCUGGCUCUGGAGCGAUCACCGUAUGGGACUCCGUACGUAAUCGUGUGUGGAUGCGACAUCCACAUCCCGUACGCUGACGUGUGCAUUCAGUGUGGCGGUCUCGUCGGCGAUCUAGCCAACAUGUUCAUGCGGGUAAUGACAAAUGCAUCCAUCCAAGAUUCUUAAAC